AUGAACACAAUCCAAGGCGAUCUGAUCGACCUGGCCUCUGCUGGGAGAUUUGACGUGAUUGUGCACGGAAACAACUGUCAUUGCAACAUGGACGAAGGCAUUGCAGCUCGUAUCAAGUCUGCUUUUCCAGAGGCGUUUUGGGCUGAUCAAAGCACGGGCAAAGGCAAUCGAACCAAGCUGGGGGACUAUUCCCAUGCCGAAAUCGAACGCCAAGGCGAUUUGCCCUCUCUGGUUGUGGUGAACGCGUAUACGCAAUACGACUAUAAAGGCAAGACGAGAUUGGUUGACUACGAAGCUCUUCGCAGUUGCUUUCGACGAAUCAAACAAGAUUUCUCUGGAAAGUCCCUUGGAUACAGCCGGAUUGGGGCAGGCAUGGCCAAGGGCGACUGGGGGGUGAUUGCAUCCAUUAUCAACGAAGAACUCCAAGGAGAGAAUCAUACAUGCGUCGUGUUGGUGCCAGUAGCGGCACAGGCCGCUGGUGGUGCGUCCAGGCGGAAACGCAGAUGA